CCGAGCCGCAGCUCAUCUGGCGAGCCGGCACCUUACUAUACGUCAAAGCAUGGGACAAAAAGCAUGAGCGCAGAAACACUCAGCACAUUUCUGUUGCUUCUUUUACUACUUCGUUUUUUACUCAAUUCAGACAAAUGCCGGUCAAGGCAACAUCAGUAAUCCCGCCGGCAGUAGGCAAGGCGCUGUCGGACAAACUGUACGACAAGCAACGGGCAGCAACGCUGAAAAUCGAGCAACAGGUGCGAUCCGCGUUGGACGCCGAUGACGACCAGAUAAUAUACCAGAUAAUCGCCGAGCUGACGACGGAUUUCGCAACCUCUGAGCGCGAGUCCUCGCGAAUCGGCGGGCUGGUGGCACUGGGGUCGGUGUCGACGGCCCUGACGCAUGUGAAUAUUCCGCAGUUUCUGCCGCAAAUGAUCCUGCCGAUAAUCUCGGCAAUGUCGGACGGCGAGAGCAAGGUGCGGUAUUUUGCGUGCGAGUCGCUGUAUAAUGUGGCCAAGGUGAGCCGGGGCCACAUAUUGCGGUGGUUCAAUGAGAUCUUUGAUGGGCUGGCCAGGGUCACCGCAGAUUCGGUCAGGAUUGUGAAGAAUGGCGCGGACUACCUGGAUAGGCUGAUCAAGGAUAUUGUGGCAGAGCAGGCGGCCACGUGUCUGGACUGGUAUGACGCCGAGGAGGUUGCUGGGAUGGCGGGGCAGGCGAAUGUCGGCGAGGACGCAGAUGUCCAUGCUGGGCUGAACAUCUCGGGGAUUGCUGAGCCGGCAGCAGCGCUGUCUGUGGAGCCAAUCGCGAUUGCCCAUGCUCCAGACCAGUCGGCAGCAGUAGACCAGGCCCGCAUAACCAGCCCGGCGCUGGAUGCCGACCAGGCGGCGCUGCGAUCCCCGCGGCUGGCGUUCUCGCUGGAGAACUUCAUCCCCCUGCUGGCAGAGCGGAUGCACACGUAUAAGCCCUCGACGCGGCUGUAUCUGAUAGAGUGGAUUCGGGUUCUGGACUCGGUCCCGGGGCUGGACCUGAUCGAGUACCUGCCGGAGUUCCUGGACGGACUGAUCCGGUUCCUGAGCGACCCGAACGACGACGUGCGGACGAAAACGCAGAGCGUCCUGGGGGAGUUGCUGCAUGAGAUCCGCGAGUGCGUGGAGUUGCAGCGGUUCGACGGGGCAAUGCAUGCAGAGGACGAAAUGGCGUGGGGGGAUGCAGGCGAGCAGCAGCUGAACACGGCGCGGGUCCGGUCAAGCACAAUGCAGAGCGACGUGCAUGUGGAGGGCCGGGUAGCGUCGUCGUACCGGAGGCCGCAUGCGUCUGGGUCGUUUAGUUCGCAGCACAGCAUUUCGCAGCAAUCGUCGCGGGCGCCAUCAGUCACCGGCGCGCUACCGGCCAGGGCGUAUGCGGCCGGAUCCAGCCCUUCGGUGAGAAAUUUCUGCGCAGGCAAUGGGGGCGGAUCAGGGCUGGGCUUGCUGAUAGGCAGGCAUCGGAAUGCCGGCUCGGCCUCGCUUGUUUCGUCGGCGCUGGUGCACGGACAGCUGAAUGAUGCGAGCGGGGAGCUGCGGAUGGCAGGCGCGGCGGAGCAAAAUCCGGGCAUUGCGCGAGGAGAGCGCAUUGGUGCCGGGGGUCAGCGUGGCGAUAGACUUUGCGGCUUGCGUGAAUAUCCUGAUUCCGCACCUGGAGUCGAACGACCAGGAAAUCCAGGGCAUUGCCUUGCACUGGGUGUACGAGUUCACAUGGAUCUGCCCCGAGGUCAUGAUCGGGUUUGUGCCAACAUUAAUCAAUGCGCUGCUGCCAUCGGUGUCGCAUCCAGUGUCGGUUCUGCGGCAUACCGCGGAGGACGCGAGCCGCCGGCUGUAUGAUCUGGUCAGCGAAGCACCGGCGCCUGCACGGGAGCGGCGGGCACGGCGGCGGCAGCCGGAAUGCGAGCCCAAAACAGAGCCGGCGGGCAUAGUCAAGGAAUCAGGGGACCAUCUGCCGCGGCUGGCCCGACCGCUGCCGCCAGUGACGUCGACGGUUGCGGCGGUGAAUAAUGUGACGCGGCCCAAAUCGCCGGCGGCUUCUAU